GAGAUUUCCCCGAACGUAAAGAACCGCUACAGCUGCGAGCAUCUUGACUUAUUGUUAGAAAUAAGUUGCCGGGUGUCGAAGGUCCUCCGACGUUCUCGGUGGAUCGUUCUUCAGUUCGCCAGUCAGCGUCGUAUCGUUGCGGCACCGGUCCAGCCCGUUACGAAUCGGAAGCACCAGCUGCACCACCUCUGGAUAAAUUCAACGUCCGACAAUUAUUAAGGGUGGGAGGGAGGUCGGUCGAUCGUAUAUCGGUUGCGGGAUUACAAGAGAAAAAGAAAAAAAAAAACAAACAAUAGUAAAUUAAAAGGCUACUUCGGUCGCCGAAGACGUCGAUUUGCGAUUCAUGUUAAUGCAACCCUUCAAUCUGACAAAGUGAUUGACCAAAGAUAGCAGUACGUACGUGAUUGAAAAUGACGGGCGUAUUGGAGUGGUACCGAGACUUGAUGUACAACAAGAAUGAUCCGAGAACCAGCGACUGGUUCCUGGCGUCGGGUCCGGGGCCGAUAAUAACGAUCGUGGUAUCCUACGUCUACUUCAGCGUAUCGGCCGGGCCACGAUACAUGAAAGAUAGGAAGCCCUACUCCUUGAGGACGACCCUCCUGGUGUACAACCUGGUCCAAGUAUUCCUGAGCAUCUACCUCGUCUACGAAGGUCUGAUGUCCGGAUGGCUUCACGAGUACAGCUACACGUGUCAACCUGUUGAUUAUUCAAAAAGUCCGUCGGCCAUGCGAAUGGCGAGGGCUGUGUAUCUUUACUUCAUCUGCAAGCUCAUCGAACUAUUGGACACGGUGUUCUUCGUGCUGCGCAAAAAGCAGCGUCAGAUAUCGUUUCUGCAUCUGUACCACCACUCGAUGAUGCCGAUCUGCGCUUGGAUAGGAGUACGAUUCGUGGCAGGCGGUCACCCGACUCUGUUGGGAGUGAUAAACUCUUUCAUCCACAUAAUAAUGUACUCCUAUUACAUGCUAGCGGCCCUCGGUCCCGAAGUACAAAAGUACCUCUGGUGGAAAAAGUACCUGACUACGCUCCAAAUAGUACAAUUUGGUAUAAUUUUAAUUCACAACGGUCAGAUAUUGUUCACCAAUUGCAAUUUCCCGAAACCCUUGGCUAUGCUCCUCGUGAUAAAUGCUAGCGCCUUCCUUUACAUGUUCGGUUCGUUUUAUCUGAAGAAUUACGUGAAACGUAUCGCAGUCGUUGAGAGGAGUGGCAAGAACCUACCGAAAAGCGAGACUCUGGCGAACGGUUCGACGCCAGCUAUGAAUUUAAAAACUGAUUGAAAACUUUUUUUUAGAACAAAUUG